ACCCGUGCACUUGAACCCGGCCUACUACCAGACUUGAAAGUUGAACCCCUCUCUCCGAGUCCGAGCGUGGUGGUAGAGUGAAUACUGACUUGCGCAGGUGCAAGCACUUCCCUCUUCGUUUACGUGAGCUUGAUUUCUCGUCAUUCUGCUUGGACUCACGACCUGUUUGGUUCCUGGGAAAAUUGAGUAAAACAGAAAGAAAAAGCUCAAGUCUUGCAAUUUCUCAUAAUUGAGUGGAGAUGUUUUAGUUGCUGCUGCUGAGUUCCCAAAACAAAUGGGUAAUUCAGUGAAAUGAGCUUUUGUGUUGUGUAAGCUUUGUCUGAUUCUAUGGAGAUAGAUCUUGAACUGCCCUCAUGUUAGCAGGACAAGUUAGACAUUAGGGCAGAUAAGGAUGUUAACAUUGUAGAUGUCACUGAUGAGAUAAAUGUUGAGGAGGAGCGUGUUAGUUACCCGAUAAUGAGUGAUCGUGUUAAGGAAGUUGAUGGAUUGAAUGCAGAACAAGGUAUUGGGUCGGAUAAAGAUGUUGACAUUGUAGAUAUUUCCUAUGACGUAAAUGUUGAGGAGGAGCAUGUUGGUUCUCCACCAACAAGCUAUCAUGUUAAGGAAGUUGAUGGGUUGAAUGCAGAACAAAGUGUAGGGUUGGAUAAAGAUGUUGACAUUUUAGAUGUUGCGGAUGAGAUAAAUGUUGUGGAGGAGAGUGUUAGUGCUCUGACAACGAGUGAACAUGUUAGGGGAGCUGAUGGGUUGAGUGCAGAAGAAAGUGUUAGGUCAGGUAAACAUGUUAAUGGUGUAGAUGUCCCAUAUGAGAUAAAUGUUGAGGCGAAUGUUAGUUCUCCGACAACGAAUGAUCAUGUUAAGGAAGUUUAUGGGUUGAAUGCAGAACAACGUGUUGGGUCAGAUAGAGAUGUUGACAUUGUAGAUGUCAAUGAUGAGAUAAAUGUUGAUGAGGAGCAUGUUAGUUCUCUGACGAGUGACUGUGUUAAGGAAGAGGAUGGAUUCAAUGCAGACCAAAGUUUUGGGUCAGAUAAAGAUGUUGACAUUGUAGAUAUCACAGAUGAGGUAAAUGUUGAGGAGGAGCAUGUUACUUCUCCGAUAACAAGUGAUCAUGUUAUGGAAGUUGAUGGGUUGAAUGCAGAACAAAGUGUUUUUAGUUUGAAUGAUCAAAAUGAUCUGAACAAUGUCGGGGUAGAUUCCCUUGAUAAGGGGAAGGGGGUAGUUGAGGAGCCCGAAAAUGGUUUGGAGUUUGAGUCUAAGGAAGAAGCUUACUCUUACUACAGGGAGUAUGCCCGGUCUGUGGGAUUUGGCAUCACAAUUAAAGCCAGUCGGCGCUCAAAAAAAUCUGGAAAGUUCAUUGACAUAAAAAUUGCAUGCUCUAGAUUUGGAAGCAAGCGUGAGUUGGGAACAACUGUCAAUCCAAGAACAUGCAUCACAAAGACGGACUGCAAAGCUAGCUUGCAUAUAAAGAGGAAAGAGAGUGAAAAAUGGGUAGUACAUAGUUUUGUAAAGGAGCACAACCAUGAGAUUUGCCCAGAUGAUUUCAUUUAUGCUAUCAGCGGAAGGAACAAGAAACCUGCUAUCGUUGUUCCUCAGAAGACGGGUCUGCAGUUGGCUUUAGAUGAGGAAGAUGUAAGAGUAAUGUUUGAACAUUUUAUGUCUAUGCAGGAUGAGGAUCCCAACUUCUUCUAUGCAAUAGAUUUUGACCAUGAGAAACGAUUGAGUAGUGUGUUUUGGGUUGAUUCAAAAUGUAAGCGUGAUUAUAGCAGUUUCUGCGACGCAGUCUUCUUUGACACUUACUAUGUUAGAAACAAUUAUAAAAUUCCUUUUGUUCCUAUUGUUGGAGUUAAUCAUCACUUUCAGUACAUUUUGCUUGGAUGUGCAUUGAUUGGAGAAGAGACUACAUCGGCUUUCGUUUGGUUAAUGCGGACGUGGCUUAAAGCAGUGGGUGGCCAAGCUCCAGUAGUGGUUAUCACCGAUCAAGACAAAUUCCUGAAAGAAGCUGUAGAAGAUGUGUUUACUGAUGCACGCCAUUGUUUUUGCUUAUGGCAUGUAUUGACCAGGAUUCCUGGAAAUUUGGGUUCCAUAAAUGAGAAAGAAACAUUUAUCGAAAAAUUCAGCAAAUGCAUUUACCGGUCUUGGACAGUUGAGCAAUUUGAAAAGGAAUGGUCGAAACUGGUUGAUAGAUUUGAACUAAGAGAAAAUGAGUGGGUUCAUUCAUUGUAUGAAGAUCGUAAAAAGUGGGCCCCAACUUAUAUGCAGGAUUCGUUUUUAGCUGGAAUGUCAACAAGGGAGCGAUCUGGAAGUAUAACUUCAUUCUUUGAUAGGUACAUUUCUCAAGAAGCUACAUUUAAGGAUUUUAUUGAGCAGUACAAAGCAUUUUGUAAAGAUAGUUAUGACAUGGAAGCUGGCGCUUCUCUCAAAACACAGGAUAAACAACCUGGAUUAAGAUCCUUCUCGCCUUUUGAGAAACAAAUGUCAACUAUCUAUACUGAUGCUGUAUUUAAAAAAUUUGAGGACGAGGUUUUUGGACUAGCUUCUUGUCAUUUGAAGAAAGAAGGUGAAAAUGAAGCAUCUGUAAUCUUCCGGGUCACAGAUUUGGAAGAACGCCAGAAUUUCAUCGUGUCUUGGAAUGAAGCAGACCAAAAAGUAUGUUGUUUAUGUCAUUCAUUUGAAUGCAGAGGUUUUCUCUGUAGGCAUGCAAUUCUGGUCCUCCAGGUGUCUGGUGUUUACACAAUCCCAUCCCAUUAUAUUUUGAAGCGUUGGACUAAAGAUGCAAAAGUUAGGCAUACUGUUAGCGAUGGAUCGAAGAGGCUUAACUGCAGGGUGCAGCAUUUCAAUGAUCUAUGUAAAUUAGCUGUUAAGUUGGGUGAAGAGGGGUCUUUAUCUCCGGACGCUUACCACAUUGCACUUCAGGCAUUAGAAACAGUUAUGAAACAUUGUGUCGAUGUGAAUAAUUCUGUAAGAAGUGUUUUGGAACCCGUGUCAGCUAAUCAUGGUUUUAUUGACGUUGAACUAGUGGAUCCCAGCUGCAGUGUAGCCAAGUUGUCGAAGAAAAAGAAAACAUACAAAAAAAGAAAGGUGCAAACUGAACUGGAUGGCACUGCUAUCAGGUUGCAAGACAGCUGCCAGCAGAUGGAACUGAUGAAGUCCAGAGCACAUAAGCUUGAUAAUUGUUACGUCCCUCAGCAAGAAUCUGAACGGGGACAGUUGAACUCAAUUUCUCCUAUCCAUGAGGGUUGUUACGACAACCAACGGGUCACCCAGGGACAGGUUCAUUCGUUACCAACACAUACUCGUCACUUAGGGACCCAACAGAGCCUGCAAGGAAUGUUGCAGCUACAACCUAGUCCCAGAGCACCGAUUGUGCAUGGCUGUUAUGAGAUUCGGGGCAAUCCCGAAGAUAUGGAACAGUCUGUAGGCUCCUCGCGCAAGCAUCGACGUGAUAAGCACCCACCAAAAUAGCUGAGAGACAAUGCCCAUCCAUUGAGAUGAAGAGACUAUCGUCCAGUUGUAAAUUCAGCCUCAUGCCUGUAAACGAGGAUUGAAAAUGAUGAACUCAUAUAUCCACGUUUUUUCGGUACGUAGUGAUAAACCAAAUCCCAUUCCAUCUCCGUUUGCUAAUGCACAAUCACAAUCCAAUUCCAACAUGGAAUCCUCAGACGACAUGCCUACUCCAGAACAAGUUUCAUCCUGACUUAACUUCUAUUUAGUCCACGUUCUGUUUAGAUUGUAAUCCUAGUUCUACGUGUGUUUGUAUACUACUCCUAUAAAUAUCAAUGAACAUCGCUCACUCUGAUUAAGAGUUGAGAUUCUGCAAAUCAUAUUUACCAUCUUUCACAUAGAUGUUUUCGUUUUGUUCUUUUACUGAACAGUUGUACAAAACGAUGUCGGAAGAAACAACAUAAGUUGAAUUUUAUGUCAUGCACUCUUCAACUG